UUUCUUCCUCAAGGACUUUCCGACUGGUGAUUCAGCCAUGGCAAAGAGCUGCUCCAUGUGUAAAGAGAAGAGACCUGCUCACAGUCUCUGUACCAGAUGCAAUAAGUGGCUGUGCAGCUCUUGUACAGAGGAGCACAGGCAUGGCAAGGAAACUGGAGACCGCUUCCUGUCUGUAUCCCUGAAAGGCUGCACAGCAACUGAAGAUGAAGCAAGCGAGUUUUCCUUAUUUUGUCCAGUGCACACUCAAGAGCCACUCAGGCUGUUUUGUGAGACCUGCGACACCCUGACCUGCCGCAGCUGCCUUCUGGCAGAGCAUAAGGAACACAGGUUCAGACAUCUUGAGGAAGCUCUGCAAAACCAGAGAGUUAUUCUGGAAAAUGUUGUAACCAAAGUGGAAGAGAAAAAAAGUGGGAUUCAGGUUUCAGCUAAACAGAUUGAAGACAGGUUGCUUGAAGUAAAACAUUUGUACAAAAAAGUAGAAAACCAAAUAAAAAUGGCCAAGAUGGUUCUGAUGAAUGAAAUCGAUAAACGAACAAACAUCCUUCUUGAACAACUUGAAAAGAUCACCAGCGAAAGGAAGCAGAAAUUGGAGCAACAACUGCAAGGCGUUGUGGUUUUAGGCAGACAGGUAGAACAUGUUCAGAACUUCAUCAGCUGGGCUGUGUGCAGUAAAAGCAGCAUCCCAUUUCUCUUCAGUAAAGAACUGAUUGUAUUUCAGAUCCAGCGUUUAUUAGAGACAAACUGUAACACAGACAUAGGCCCUCCUCUGAAGAUCAGAUUCACCUGGGAUCCCUCCUACUGGACUAAACAACUAUCCAAUAUGGGAGGUUUCACAAUGGAAGGUGGACACAUUUCUCACUCAGAUAUGCUACUCUGUGGAAAUGUUCAAGGGUUACAAACCUCUUUGUAUCAUGGGCACCAUUCAUCAGCACCACAGCUGGAGCCCGUGAAUAGCCAGGCACAUCCAUUUCCACCCGCAGUUCAGUGUUCUGCACCUGUGUGUUGCUCACACUGCCUCAGCAUUCCACACCCGAACAAAGCUCAGCCUUCUUACCAGGACAUAAACCACCAUAAAAAUUUUCGACAACCUCUCGAAAUGCAUCAGCAGCACUUCCCUCUGCAGUACAGCCUGCAGCAGCAACAUGACAAAGAGCAAAGGGGUGCCCCCCAGCCCGUGAAGCUGACGCAGUCAGGGCUGGAACAGCAGUCGCGGUCCGAGCCGGAGAAUGCAUCUGGGAGGAUGGGGAAGCACUUACCACCCCAGCAGCUGCAGCAAACUGCACCCCUGGGUUAUGCUGUUGUGUCCCAUGAGGCUCAGCAAGUUCACCCGAGCCACCCACAGCCGUUCCGCACGCAGGCUUCUCUGCAGGCAUCGGCUGGGCAAGCGCAACUCGGUCACCUCCAGAAGAUAAAAUCCAACCACUCGCUGCAGCCGCCACUCCUGCAGCCGCCCCCACAGCAGCAGCAGCUGCCUCUGCCAUCACCACCAUCGGGUCAGAGUGAGAGCACCCACAAGCAAGUCAUCCAACAGAGCCUGGACAUCAUGCACCACCAGUUUGAACUGGAAGAGAUGAAAAAGGAUCUGGAACUUCUUCUUCAGGCCCAGGGACAGUCCAGCUUGCAGCUGAACCAAGCCAAGCCACCUCAGCACGUUCAACAGACCAUAGUUGGUCAAAUCAACUACAUAGUAAGGCAGCCAGCCCCAGUGCAGCAACAAAGCCAGGAUGAAGCACAUGUCUCUGAGAGCUCCACAGAACCUGAUGCCCAGAAGCCUGCCAUUUCUCUUGACAAAAGUGAUAGUCCCUCCCUGUCACAGUCACUAGAUGAAGAAGCCAGUGUCAGCAGUCUCUCCCCUGCAAGCACACUCCAGCAAUCAGCUUUCCAUCCAGUCAGAAAGCAUUCAGCAUCCUUAAGCAUCGUGGGCUUUUCAAACGGUUUGGAAAUGGAAUUACCUCCAACAAGGCUUUCUAGCUCGGCUGAUCCACAGGUGAAAGGUGCAGCUGCUGUAACACUUGACCCGUCCCUAAAUGCCCUUUGUGACUGUGAUGCUCCACCAGAACCAGUGCCCAGCUACAACCUGGCAUUGGGCAGGGCUCCAAGUGACCUGAGCCCUGGGAAUCCUGCUGGCUUCACCCCAGUUGAUGCACUGCAGGGCAGCACCAAAUGCAAGCUGGAAAAUGAAGACUUCAGUACUGUAGACUGUCUUCUAGAAAACAGCUUGGCUACUGCUGGGCAAGAUGUAGUUAAUGAAUUAACUCUUUCUAUGCAAAAAGUGAUGGAAGAACCUAUUAAUCUUUCAAUCAAAAAAUCUCAACAUUGCACUUCUCCUUCUGAGCUGCUCAGCAACACUGUUUUCCUGCCUGUGAAUGCCAGAAUGAGACAACUUAGAAGCGAAGAAGAUUCCAAUGACUGUGAAAAGGAACAUUUUGAAAUGGAUAUGAAAAGCAAUCAGAAUGUCAGAGCUGGCCCGAAGGAGCAGAAGAUUCCCUUUGUGCGACUGGAACGCCUGAAAAUAUGCGCAUCAGAAGUGGGGGAGCUGCCGGUGUUUAAGCUCCAGCCACAGGACAAUGAGCAGGAGGGCAAUUUCCUCCUCGUAAUUGAAUGUGGGACACGGUCUUCAAGUAUGUCUAUAAAGAUAAAUAAAGAUAGUCCACCUGAAAGACUGCAGUCCAAAGAGGAAAACUCAGAGGACAGGAAAUUUCUCAUAUCCCAGGCUGCAGGACAGACACCAUCUCCCCCUGUAGAUGCUCUGUCUGUUGAUCAGAAGCUCAGCAAUGGCAUCUCCAGCAUGAAAAAAUCUCCAGUUACUCAGGAAGUCAGCCCAAUUGAAAAUGAGGAUUUCUGUGCUGUGUGUCUUAAUGGAGGAGAACUGUUGUGCUGCGAUCACUGCCCCAAGGUCUUCCAUCUCUCCUGCCAUGUUCCAGCCCUGCUCAGCUUUCCAGUAGGAGAGUGGGUGUGCACCCUUUGCCGUAAUCCAGUGAAGCCUGAGGUAGAAUAUGACUGUGAAAACACACGCUACAGCCACAGCUAUAAUGUACAAUAUGGCCUUGAUGACUGUGACCAGAAGAAGUGUGAAAAGCUGGUGCUUUCCCUGUUCUGCAGUAAUAUGAGCCUCCCGUUCCAUGAACCUGUCAGUCCCCUGGCUCGGCAUUAUUAUCAGAUCAUCAAAAGGCCAAUGGAUUUGUCAACCAUACGAAAAAAGCUGCAGAAGAAGGACAAAUCCCACUAUGCUGCACCUGAGGAGCUUGUGACUGACGUGCGUCUCAUGUUUUGGAACUGUGCAAAGUUCAAUUAUCCAGAUUCAGAGGUUGCUGAGGCUGGACGAUGCCUGGAUGAAUUCUUUGAGGACAAACUGAAGGAGAUUUAUCCAGACAGGCAUUUUCCUUCGAUGCAACAAGAUGACUCUGAUUCUGAAGAAGUGGAGAGUCAGAACAGCAAAAUGCAGCCCCAGAAUUUUCAGUGGCCGUCGUACGGACAGGAGUGCCUUCAGCCCAAAAGGAAACGGCGCCAUGCUGAAAGUGAAAAAACUAAAAGAAUGAUGUUUCAGCCAGCUAACAGCCUUCCUCAGGUAUGACCUCCUCAAGAGAUGAGAUUUGCUAUGAGGAAUCCAGAAGCAUAACUGACAGAGUUAAGGUGUGUGGGAGGAAAGCAAAGCACUCAGGCUGUUUAUUUAAACUCUCCUAUUCUGCUGACCAUAUGCCUUAUUUCUAGAUCUUGUGGAUAGAUAACAGAUCCAAAAUGUUUGAAUCUGUCAAUAUUCAAUCUGUUAAAUCACGUAUAUGUUUUACAGUGUUUACACUGAAGUACUAAUGUUUUGAUCAUAGUUAACGAUGAAUAAUAAUAAAAAUAACAUACUAAUAAUAUCUAAUACUGCAGUACCAUUUUAUAAUCUGUUCAAUGUGACAUCUCUGUUUUAUAGAGCACAGGUAACCAUGUAAUAAUCUUGCAACCUCAGUGUGAAUGUUUGCCAUGCUUCGUGGUAAAUACAUGUAGUCAUUAAGGCUGUAAUCCUGUUGUCUUAUUCAGUGAUUUUUCUGGGAGCUUGACUGCUCAAAGCUUAUGAGAUACAGUAUAAUGUGAUUAUCUGAUUAGCUGUUUCUUUUGAAGCAGAGUAUUUUUAUUAAAUCACGAAACAGCAAGGGCUAAUAGUGCUAAUACUAGGGCUCUGUGUGAACUGUUUCUGAGUGCAUACUGGAUGCUCUGUUUGCAAGGCAUGAUUCUUCUGGAAUCUAAUUCAUGCUUGGUAAAGCAGUGUGGGAUUUCUUGGGUCUCAAAGGUAGCAUUUUUAUACAACACAAGCCAGUUGUUUUUCUAUAAAGCAGAUAUUGGAAUUCGGUAAAUUAACUGUGCAGUGAAUUACAUGGUUAUAGAAGUGCCUAUAAAAUGAUGUCAUAUAUUUCUGAUUUUCUCUUUACUUAUUUCUUGUAGUUGUGAUUACCAGCAGUACUAGAAGAUGAUGAGAAUGUAUAUAUGUAGAAGCUCAAACACAAUGAAAGGAUGUCUAAGCUGAGGAGGUUUUUUGCUAAAUUUCACAGUGUAUUGGCAGAACACCACCAGGAGCAAAUUUAGAGUUCACUUGAACAAAGGUUGCAUGAAAUUAUACAAAGUCUUAAGGGUGGGAUAGGUAACAUGACAUCACACCUGAACAGAGUGAUAAGCCUGCAAGUUGCUUCCCAGCUCUUCCAGAAGCAGGUGAGCCACAUUUUUGCAUGGCCAAUGCUUUCUUCAUGUGUGUGAGGGGUAUCUUCCUCCUUGAAAUUCUGCCUAAUCUGGGCUGAAGUCCAACUCUGAGAGAGGAAGUUGUUGCAGAUCUCAAAAGCAAUUAAAGUUCAUUUUAAUUAGGUUCCUGUAAAUAAAGAUGAUAUUUUCAGCAUAGUUUAUAUGGGCUAUUUGGUCUGCUAACCAUGUAUGUUAUUUUAGAUAACACUUAAAAGUAAAGGUUUAUAUAUGAAAUAAUAAGACAUGAAUGUUAUAUUCUACUCUGUGUGACUUACUGUUUGUUGUUAACGGUAGUGAGCCAAUGUUUUCUCUUCUUUGAAGAAAUGAAAAUCUGGAUAUUAUAAACUGACUGGAAAACUGUGAGAUGAAGAGACAGCCUUUUCAUUUUCUAUAUAUGAAUUCGUAUAUGUUUGCUUUCUGUCUCCUGUUCUCAAAACAGUAUCUUGGCACAGGGAAAUGAGUGCAGGUUUGUCACUGAAUUAAUCACCCUUAUCUGUGCUACAGGUGUCACUUUUUGUCAGUUCUCCACCAAAGACGUAUCUGUUUUUUACUGUUAAUAGUGCAAAAAUUAUAUGCUGUCUAGCUUUCA